UGUGAUCCAGCCCCGGUGCGGUCGACAGUGGGUAUGGCAGGCUGUCCAGGGCUCGGCUGGCUGAGCCUGGGUCUCGUGCUGAUGGCGGCAGCUCCCUCGCUGUGCCAGGGCUGCCCUCAGCGGUGCGACUGCGUGCCGCAGCUCCGAUCCGUGGUGUGCCACCGCAAGCGCCUCACCUCCAUUCCCGAGGGCAUUCCCAUGGAGACGCGGCUGCUUGACCUGAGCCGAAACCGCCUCCGCUGGGUGGAGCAGGGCGACCUGGAGCCCUACCCGCAGCUAGAAGAGGUAGAUCUGAGCGAGAACGUCAUCAGCGUGCUGGAGCCCAAUGCGUUCUCGAGUCUUCGAGGGCUGCGAGUGCUGCGGUUGCGUGGCAACCAGCUGAAGCUGGUGCCCAUGGGUGCCUUCUCUCGGCUGGCCAACCUGACCACGCUGGACUUGAGUGAGAACAAGAUCGUCAUCCUGCUGGACUUCACCUUCCAGGACUUGCGUAGUCUGCGGCAUCUAGAGGUGGGCGACAAUGACCUAGUGUACAUCUCCAGCAAGGCCUUCACUGGGCUUCUGGGGCUUCAGGAGCUCACCAUUGAGAGGUGCAACCUGACCUCCAUUUCAGGCCAGUCACUGAGCUACAUGCGCAAUCUGGUGACCCUGCGGCUGCGGCAGCUCAACGUCCCGGCUCUGGAGGACCAGAACUUCCGCAAGCUGGGUGGCCUGCGGGGUCUGGAGAUCGACCACUGGCCCUUCCUGGAGUACAUCUCCCCGCUGAGCUUCCAGGGCCUCAACCUGUCAUGGCUGUCCAUUACCAACACUAACAUCACGUCCGUCCCCUCGGCCGCCUUCCGCAACCUCGCUCACCUGACCAGUCUAAACCUCUCCUACAACUCCAUCUCUGUGCUGCAGCCUUGGGCUUUCCGGGAUCUGGUCCGACUCAAGGAGCUGCACCUGGUCGGCACUGGCCUGGCAUCCCUAGAGCCACAGGCACUCGGUGGCCUCCGGCAGUUGCGCAUGCUAAACCUGUCCACCAAUCAGCUGGUGACGCUGGAGGACAGCUCCUUCCACUCCGUCAACAGCUUGGAGACGCUGCGCCUGGAUGCCAACCCGCUGGCCUGUGACUGUCGCCUGCUGUGGAUCCUGCAGCGCCGCAAGACCCUCAACUUUGAUGAACAGCCUCCCGCAUGUGCGGGGCCUGCUGAUGUGCAGGGCAGAGCCUUCAGCGCCUUUCCCGACUCGGCGCUCUUUGACCACUUCACGUGCCAGAAACCCAGGAUUCGGAACCGCAAGCUGCAGCAGGUGGCGGCCAGGGAGGGCCAGGUCGUCUCCUUCACGUGCCGGGCGGAGGGUGAGCCGUCGCCCACGAUCUUCUGGAUCUCUCCCCAGCGCCGCAGGAUCACACCGAGGAGCAACGGGCGCGUCACGGUGCUGCCUGGGGGCACUUUGCAGAUCCGCUACGCCCAGGUGAUCGACAGCGGCACCUACAUCUGCAUUGCCAGCAACGCAGGCGGCAAUGACACCUAUUUUGCCACGCUUACCGUGAAGGGCUUACCUCUGGACGCAGCCCUCGCUGUCAACCGGAGCUAUUACGCCGGCGACCUCAAUGACACCAACCAGAACGACACGCGCGUCUUCCUCAGGUUCACGCUGGACAUCAAAACCAUCCUGGUGUCCACGGCCAUGGGCUGCAUCACCUUCCUGGGUGUGGUGCUCUUCUGCUUCCUGCUGCUGUUUGUGUGGAGCCGCGGCCGGGGGCAGCACAAGAACAACUUCUCGGUGGAGUACUCCUUCCGCAAGGUGGACGGGCCCUCGUCAAGCGGGGGACAAGGAGGGGCGCGCAAGUUCAACAUGAAGAUGAUCUGA